AUGGAGGAUUGUGGAGUUGUGAUUCACUCAAGAGACACUUAUUUCACUCCCAUGAAUCCAAUUUAUGGUGGGACAAUAAAGAAAAGUUUGGGACAAGGGAAGAAGAAUAAAACUCAGCAAUCGCCGCCACAAGUCGAGAAUGAAGUUGAAGCUAAGGAUGAUGAAGCCCAAACCCAGGAUGUCCCAAAUUCUUCCACAGCUGGUCUUCCUCUUGAUGCAUUGCAGGUUGGAUAG